AUGCUCAUGGUGAUGAUCAGACUAUACUGGUCAUUUCAGCUGUUAGUGUGGGUGAAUUCAAAGGAAAUGGUGUUUGCUGUUGAAUGCAAAGUUGUUGGAAUUAAAUCAGGCUGGUGUUAUAUGGGGUGUCCUACCUGUGUUUUGAAGCCUAUACAAAGGCAAAAUGAGUACUAUUGUGUUAGAUGCAACAAGGGAAUAUCAGCCAAGGCUGCCAAAUACCGUGUUCAACUUGAAGUUCAAAGUGAUUUGAAGUCAGCAGUAUUUGUACUCUUUGAGUAUGAAGGGAAGCGGUACUUUGGAUUGAGUGGUCAUGAACUAUUCCAGAAAAAUGGGCAGAAUGGUGACUUGCCACCUGAUGAAUUGCUUCAAUUGGUAGGUCUGACCAAGAAAUUCCAUGUCAAAUUCAAGAUCAACCUUUUUGCUGAUUCCCAAGCUGAUUUUACUGUGCUGAGAAUACUAGAACAACGCAAAGGUUAUAUGAUUCACAAAGAUGGAUCAUCUUCAUCUAUUGCGAGUGUGACUGCAUCUUCUCAACCCUCCUCUGAUCAUUCUGGACAGUCUGCUACUGAAAAAUCGAUUGAAACACUAGUGGACUCUGAGGCAACUCCAGACAACAAACUGAAGAGGAAGAUGCCCCUGGAGUGA